CAAUUUAUUUUUUUAAAUAUAUAUUUUAAAACUUCUAAAUCCUAAAACUAACUCCACAGAAUAUGCAUUCGGCCCAGAAAGACACCACCUUCACCAAGAUCUUCGUGGGAGGUCUCCCCUACCACACCACCGACUCAAGUCUCAGGAAGUACUUCGAGGUGUUCGGGGACAUCGAGGAGGCUGUGGUCAUCACAGACCGCCAGACGGGCAAGUCCAGAGGUUAUGGAUUUGUGACCAUGGCAGACCGGGCCUCCGCUGACCGAGCCUGCAAGGACCCUAACCCCAUUAUAGAUGGCAGGAAGGCCAAUGUGAACCUGGCCUACCUGGGAGCCAAGCCCAGGGUCAUCCAGCCAGGCUUUGCAUUUGGCAUGCCUCAGAUCCAUCCAGCGUUCAUCCAAAGGCCUUAUGGGAUCCCGGCUCACUAUGUCUACCCUCAGGCCUUCGUCCAGCCCAGUAUGGUGAUCCCUCACGUACAACCCUCGAGCGCCACGGCAACAGCUGCCGCGGCCGCCACGUCGCCGUACCUGGAUUACACCGGAGCUGCUUACGCUCAGUACUCCGCCGCAGCUGCCACCGCUGCCGCAGCAGCUGCCGCCGCCUAUGAGCAAUAUCCGUACGCGGCCUCCCCGGCCCCCACGGGCUACAUGACCGCAGCCGGCUACGGCUACACGGUCCAACAGCCGCUCGCCGCCGCCGCCACCCCGGGGGCCGCGGCCGCCGCUGCCGCCUUCAGCCAGUACCAGCCUCAGCAGCUGCAGACGGAUCGCAUGCAGUGAAAAGAAAAUGGCGGAGUUGAGACGCGGUUGAGAGGUCACCACCUCAUGCGAGUGGGGUUACGUUACUGUACAAUGAGGGUUGUCCGCACAAGCUUUUAACUUGAAAAGUGAAGAAAAUCACAGGAUGUGCAAACAAACACUGUAUUUUAUUCAAAUUAGAUCAGUAUUUUUUUCAUUAUUUAAUAUUUAUACAUCAGCAAAAAGAUUGAAUGUUAACCUAAAGCAGACAAACUGAACCUCAUGACUAAUGUUUGUAUAUAUUUAUUGUAAGUGUUCCCAAGCGCAAUCUUGUCUUAUGAUCAGGUGUCUUCCCCGCUACUUUAUAAACCAAAAUACGUGCAUGAAUAUGAGUGAGUCACUCAUGGUGCAUUUUUCAGUAUUUGUAUCAGCCGAAUCUAUGCAGACAUCUCCCUCUCGUUUCCCUUUAAAUAUGUACACUACUCCCAAAAAAAAAAAAAAAAAAAAAAAGGGAUAUUGGGCUCUUGGGAGAAAUUUCAGCUUGAACCUGAAAUGUUCUAACUUUAACAGGUGAUCUUAAUUUGACCAUCUCUAAAUUGGAAUGAACAUAAAUUGACCAAUAUAGUCCUUGGUUCAAAGGGAGUUGGUAUUUUUUUCAUCAUGCUGUUAAAAUUUGACAGUACCGAAGACAACACCUAACGAUUGAUCAACAGUACUUUGCCAUUGCAAGGCUUCAAACAGGACGUUCUCAGCUUAGCGUGUCAUUAGCAGGUUGCAACAGAGUCCGAGAGACUGGAAGAGUCACUAAGUCGUAAAAGUGGACGUUGCAAGUUUUAAUCGAUCAGACACCUGUUGUGAAUUUUGCCGUUGAGCAAGUUGUGCAAAACCUACUGAAGCACUGAACAGUUGUAAAUGUGCAUUCAAAAGUUUAGAGAAGGUCAAAUUAAAAUUCCCAAAAAAAAAAAAUGAAGUUCACAUGUAAAGGUGCAUUUUAGGUUCAUCCUGAAAUUUCACCCUGAAGUUGGAAAAAAAGCACUCACCUUCCUCAUUGAAAUGCAAAUCAACCAAGCUCAGAAACAAAAUUAUAAUAAUGUGAAUCUUUCAUUUUGUUUCCUAAUGUGCCUUUUAAAUUAUGCUAUUUAUGUAUUUAUUAUGGAAGCUUACAAUAAUAAACUUUUUUUUUUAAGUUAGGUUUUUUUUUUUUAGU